CGGGUCCUUCAACACCUGCCGAGAGACGGUUUCCAUCUCCCCCUCUCGCAUCACCCUUGCACCAGAUGGGCCAACAGGAAGGCACUGGCUCUGUGUCCACUACUCAGAGGCGGGGGCGUCCUCAAAAGCUGAGAACACCAAGAACUGCGUCCCUUAUCUACAGCCUGCAGGCAACAAGGGAACGCCUGCGACGUUCGUUGUUCAGAAGCCGUGGAACUAGGCAUUUUGGGGGCCUCACCAAGGGCCAGAUAGUGCAUGGAGCGUCUAGGUACCUUUCAAAACGUGCCCUUGACCUGUUCCGUGCUCAGCUGUGCCUGCAGCCCUUACACAAGUUUUGUCGUAGGUGGCCUCCCCAUUUCAGGAGCUUUGCUCUCAAUCUGCACUUCAAGGGCCCUCAAGCUUACAGGUACCUAAGCGAAGUAUUGGCUCUGCCAUCUGAGAGUUCAUUGAGAAAUUGGCUUAAGGAAAUUACUUUGGAACCUGGAGUCAUGCCUUCAGUUCUCGAAGGACUGAAGACAAAACUCGAGGGGCUGCCACCAAAAGAUCGCACAUGUGUACUGUUAUUCGAUGAGAUGUCCAUUAAGGAGCACCUGCAGUACGAUUCCAGAUCAGACACUGUUUACGGCUUUGCAGACACAGGAAAAGAAAGGAACUCCCAGAUGGCAAACUCUGCUUUGCUUGUUGCACUCUCAGGGAUAACUAAAUCCUGGGUUCAGCCCUUGUGUUAUUUAUUUUCGAAGUCUAGUGUGUCAGCAGACACACUGCAAGAUUUGAUUCAGGACCUCAUUCGACAGCUUCGAUCAUUGGAUGUCUCUGUGAAAGCGGUUGUCUGUGACUAGGGUGCCAGCAACUGUGCAUUGUCUAGAAAGCUUCAGAUCUCCCCAUCCAAACCUUACUUCUGUGUCGAUGAAUCCAAAGUAUAUUUUAUUUUUGAUCCACCACAUUUAAUGAAAACAACACGAAACCUGCUGUUGAAGCAUGACCUGCAGAUUGGGAAUGCUCAACAGAAGGUUCAGUGGUCCUUCAUUAAACAGUACUAUGAAUCAGACCACCCCCUAAAGGUCCGACUGUCACCUAAGUUGACAGACAAUCACAUUCACCCCACAGCUUUCAAACGUAUGAAGGUCAAGCUUGCGACGCAAGUACUGAGCAAUAGUGUUUCCACUGGGAUCGCUGUCCUUAUUAGCUGGGGAUGUAUGCCACCAGCAGCCACUGAGACUUCAGAAUUCCUCCUCAAGAUGGAUCAACUGUUUGACUGUUUAAACAGUUCAUCUGUCGAACAGAGUGAUGAUGAUGACAAAAAGAUGAGAUAUGCAAUGAACAAUUCCACAAAACAUAAGGAGUUACUAGAGUCUGCAGCCCAGUGGGUUGCACAGUGGAAAUUUCACAGUGAUAGGCAGCCUCCUACUGUAAGGGGGUGGCAGAUCACAAUUCGCGCAGUACUUGCAUUGUGGGAAGACCUUCACCAAAAUUUUGGUUUUGAUCAUCUGCUGACACGGAGGCUCAACCAGGACCCCCUGGAAAACAUGUUUGGUCAAUUCCAGCAAAUGCAUGGGUGUAACGAAACACCAAACGCGUUUCAGUUUGUUGCAGGCCUCAAGCAUACCCUUGCAGGGAGGCUCAUGAAGCUUCCAAGCAGGGGGAAUUGCGAAGCUGAUACAACUGAGCUGUUAAAUGACUUGUUGCGCAUGCCGGUUUCCUCACCUGGAGACACCCCCUGUGAGCCUGACACCUCACAAGGGAUGCCUGCAGAUGAUGAAACAGAGACCGAACAUGACAUGCAUGCUGUGCAGGAGCCUGAGAACAUUAUUGAGGCUAAUGCACAGUAUGCAUAUGCAGGGUCCCUGGUUCACUCUUUCUUAAAGACCUCUAAAUGUACAAACUGUCCAAGCUUGUUGAGGGCUGCAGGUGAAGGCAUUAGCAGAGCAGAGGGGUUGUAUUUGUAUUUGGAGAGUGAAUCUCAUGGCUCUGAAACUGCUUCUUGUGCCCCAUCAGAUUCGUUUUUUGAGUAUUUUCGUAACUUAGAAAACGUAUUUCAAAUGGAGAUUUCCAAUUUGUUACAUAGACAGCAAGUGAGAAGGCACUUUGUAAAUCUGUUAUGACAAGAACGUCAUGAGCCAUUCUGCUCCACUGCAUGUCAGGCCAGUUUCCUAUGUCACUUCGUUACAAAGCGA